AUGGCCACCAUGCCGACAAACGGUAAUGUUAAUCACCAGGACCAGAACACUGCGUCCGCCUCGUCUCGCAGCCAGGCCAACACCGAGUCUAGCUCCUUGUCCAAGGACGAGGUUGGCUGGUACUUCGUUGAGCAGUACUACACUACCUUGAGCAAAAACCCGGAGCGACUACAUCUCUUCUAUGGGAAACACUCUCAGCUUGUUUAUGGACUCGAGGCCGAGGUUGCGAACGUGUCUGUUGGUCGUCAGCAAAUCCAAGAGCGGAUCAAGUCCCUUGACCUGCAAGACUGCAAAGUCCGCGUUUCCAACGUGGACUCUCAGGCUUCUGAGGAGAGCAUCGUGAUUCAGGUUAUUGGAGAGACGGUCAACAAGGGAGGCGAGCCCAAGAAGUUUGUCCAAACAUUCAUCCUCGCCAAGCAGCCGUCCGGAUACUUUGUUCUCAACGAUAUUAUGCGCUACAUUAACGACGAUGCGGAAGAGGAUGCCGCAGAGACAACCGCGGCUGAGGAGGAGGCUGCUGCCCCCGAGACAGAAGUUGCCGCUGAGCCAGAGGCAUCCAAAGUCGAGCCAGAGACUGCUAAGCCUGAGGUCGAGGCCGCCGAGGUCGAUGUCACCGCUGCCAGCAAGGAUUCGGAGAAGACGGCCGAGCCCAAGGAGGCUCCCGCUGCCUCGACUGAGGCUGCUUCAACCCAGCCAGCUUCUCAGAAGGAUGCCGUUGCCACUCCCGCCAAGACCGAGAGCGCUGCUGUGACACCCGACCCUGAGAAGGUGGCCGAGGAGAUCGCCGAGGAGGAAGUUAAGAAGCCAGAGAUGCCCAAGGACCCAAGCCCGACCCCUGUCGCACCUCGCCCGGCUGCACCUGCCGCUGCUGAGCCCGAGAAGGCCAAGGAGCCCCCAAAGCCUAUGACUUGGGCUAGCAGGGCUGCCGCUGCCGCUAGACCUGCCGUUGCUCUGCCGAAACCUGCUGUCCCCGCCGCCACGCCUGCUGCUCGCCCUGCUGCCGCUGCCGCCGCCGCCGCCGCCGCCACUCCUGCAGCCGUCACUCCUGCUGCUGCUGCUGCUGCUGCACCCAAGCCGGCCGCACCCGCCCCUGCCGCUGAGGCCCCCGCUGCUCAGGAGUCGGGUAACGAGUGGCAAACAGCCGGUGCCGAUUCCAAGCGCCAGAACCGACCCCAGUCUGUUGUUGGUGCGCCCCAAGAGGACAAGGGCACCUUGGGCUACGUGAAGUUUGUUACCGAGAAGGUCAAGACCGAGAAUCUUAAGGCUCAUCUCUCUUCCUUCGGCGAGCUUGUCUACUUUGACAUCAACCGCACCAAGAAUUGUGCUUUUGUUGAGUUUGCCAACGUUGCAGGCUACACGGCCGCAGCGGCCGCCAACCCUCACACUGUUGACGGCGAGCAGAUUUACGUCGAGCCCCGCAGGCCGAAGGCCAGCGCCUACGGUGGUAGCAACUACAGCAACCGGGGAGGCAGCAUCCCGGGCCGCGGACGUGGUGGAUUUGACGGCAACCGCUCCAGCAGCCAGGGCGGCCGUGGUGGCUACGGCAACCAAGGUCGUGGUGGGCGUGGGGGUGCCCCUAGGGGUCGCGGUGGCGUUUCGCAGCCCGCCAACGCAUAG